UCGGAUUUCAGCCCGUUUACUCAUCAAUAUGCGAGAGUUUAGAGCGAUGCGCGCUCCCGCGACAGGGGAUGCAAUUCUCGGCAGGCAUGCAUUUCUCGGCAUAACACCGGGACCGACAUAGUCGUGUUCCAUUUCAGCAUCGCCAGAGCAGGUUUUUUCCAUUUUGUUGUGGUCACUGGCUCUCUUUGGGCUGUUUUAGGCAUCUUCCCGACAGUAAAGUAGAUUUAAAAAGUACUUAUACUUAGGAAAAUUGCAAUAAGAGUUCUUGCACUGAGAGCACAGCACAGGACGUCACAGGACCGCCAUCUUCUUCCUUCUUGCAUGACAAAGUUAAAACCCAAAUAAUUAGAGGAAGUAGAAACAUAGAGGCUUAAGAGUUCAAGCUCUCAGAGGUUCAGGAAGCAGAGAGACGAUGCAGCAGAGAGGAGCCAUGGAGGAGCCGAUGUGGAGGAAAAUGUUUCUGUUUUUCAUCCUGCAGUUUACAGGAGCUCAGAGCAGAGAUCUGUCUCUCUUCUACACCGUCAGAGCUGGAGAUGACGUCACUUUGUCCUGUGAAAAUGUGAUCGAAGGUCACAGUAAAUGUGACACAACAACAUGGACCUACAGUAAACCAGGAGAAACAUCUGUAGAGUUAGUUGCUCAUGGGCAGGUUAAGGUUAGCAGAUCAGACAGACUGAGUGUUUCUCCAAACUGUUCUCUGGUUGUGAAGAAAGUCACGGCUGAUGAUGUUGGUCAGUACAUCUGCAGACAGUUUCCUAAAGAAGGAGGAGGUCAGUCAGGUCCAGAUGCUGUGGCUCGUCUUUCUCUCGUUCACUUGUCAAAACAUGAGAACCAGAACAUGGUGACAUUAAACUGCUCUGUGGAGACAAAUGAACCAUGUAAACACUCAGUGAAGUGGUUGAUUCAGGGUAACUAUAUAGAGAAAGAUCAGAAAGAAAUAACAGAAUCAUCGUCUUCCUGCUCUGCUGCUGUCACCUUCCAGACGUCUCAUUUCCUUUACCAGUCAAGGUUUGACACGUUAAAGUGUGAAGUAAAGACAGGAAAUAAAGUUCAGCUUUUUACCUUCAGCUCUCGUCCAUCAGAGAAAGAUGAAACAGCGACCACAUCGCCAGCUACAACUAAACCAGAUGAAGCAACAUUUCUUAUAGAUGGAGAACCUGCAGCAGGCUGGUGGAGGUUCCUCGCUGGUUCUCUGGGUUUAGCUGCUCUGAUAGCAGCUGUUGUGAUCAUCAACAUCUGGACCAGAACCAAAGGGAUGAAAACACAUCUGGAUGAAAACACUGUGUGUUGUGAUGAAGAUGAAGCUGCUCUGAACUAUGAAAACAUCAGAACUUCUUCAGUUUGAUCCUCCUGCUUUUCUCAGCAGAUCCAGAAGUUCAACAUCAGCAGGGCUUCAUGAAUUGAUUGUCGUCCUGAUGAGUAAAGCAGGAACUGAAUAGUGUGGAGAAAUAUCCGUCUCCAUCCUGACUUCUUCAUCUUUGAGGAUGAAUAAAAGUCAGUGAGUUGAAUUCAUGAAAUCCAUUUAUUAAUGACAAAAUACAGCUGGUCUGCUUCUCAAGCCAUCCUUAAGGUUUAUCAGAACAAAAUGCCAUCAAAUAAAAGUUUUUCAUUCUCUUUGUUAGCUUUUAUCUUAGCUACGCCCUAAAGAGGGCGUUUCCAAGGAUCCUUUAGCUUUAGCUUUGCAGCUAUCUGAAAGAGAUAGAAGAAAAACACUGAAUUAUUUAUGUUCAACAACAUAUUUACUGCCACCUAGUGUCAGAUUUACAUCAUUGCUCUGCAUCAGGCUUAUGAGUUUUGCUCAGCAUCAGCAGGUUUAUCUGUUAGUUUAUUUAUUAUCCAGUGAUCAGAACCGUUUCCUUCAGCUCCAUGAGGGAUCGUUAUAGAUCCGUUAUAGAUUCCCACAGAAUGUUGACUAUAAACAUUUGUCCUUUUAAUUUUCUUGAAUUGUCAGCAUUUGGUGCAUUAUGUAAUAUGUUAUGUGAAGGUUGUUUUAGAUACAUUUGCUUUGCUUUUAUUUCUCAAAAUGACGCAUGAUGCUGCCACUACCAUGCACACUUAACCAGAUAUGUUCUGUUUUUAUCUGCUUGGUGUUUUGUUUGCAUAUUUCUGCUGAAAAAUGAAGACAAAUGCAACUUUUCCUGAGGUUCAAAACAAACUUUGAUUAUUUUUGGAUUAUUUUUUCUUGAUGUGUGAAGCAGCUGCAAUUACAUUUUGUUAAUAAAAUGAGCUGAUUCAAGAUGGACGAGUCUUUAAUUUGUAGUAUUGAUUCUUCAUUAGUUGUGACAUCAGAUCAAAUCUUAGCCUGUUGGGAGUUAAACAGAACUCCUCAUCAUUAAUUUACAGAUAAUUUGUUAAAAUGUUUGGUGCUUUAGAUGCACUAAAUGAAUGCAUGCUGCUGCUGUUACCCACAGAGAGUGAAGUCAUUGUUCCACAUUCAGACCUUUGCUGCUUCUAUAACCACGUUCACAUGAAAACACUUCCUGUUUUAAUGAUCAUAAACCGAAGGAGGGCAGAAAACUUCUUCCUAUCUGCAUUAAUCCACCCUGAGUUUUCACAACAGAAUAUUUCCUAUCAACUUUCUGCAUCAACUCAAAAUGUAGCAGAGCAGCAAAUUGAGAAAAUGAACAUAAAUGUUAUUUUAAUUUUGACACUCAACAAACUCAGAUAAAAUGCAAUAAGUUGUUACACACAUUUGUGUUCCUCUUCCUGUUUUCAAAAAAUGGCUCCACUACUUCAUCAUAUGUGUACAAAAGACAGUUAAUUAUUUAUUUUCAGCCCUCUGGUUUUGUUCUUUAUCAGGAUGUUAAAUGUAGUAUUUGUUUCAGCCACUAGGUGGUUUCACGUUCGUGUUUGCUGCAUGUUUAUAGAGCUGAGUGUAUUAAGUGGUGUGGCUAAAAGCAGGCUUCGCUGUUGUCCCUUUCUAUCGUGUGCGUCCAUUGAAUGUAAGUAAUACUGUUGUCGGUUUAGUUCAGGUUAUAAAUGUCUAAGAGCUGUAUCGUAUCCUGUCACGUUUAAUAUUAUUGUCGUUUGCUGCGGUUUGUUUAAUUUGUUGAGAGCUAAAAGUUAGCCGUUAGCACUACGCUAUUAAGCUCGGUUGAUUAGAUGCAGCUGUUACUCUUGUCACUAUUUGCUGCCAAAAUGCCUUAUUUCUCUUGUAUAUGUUAUUGUGUGAUGCUAUAAUUAACAGAUUUGAUUAUUAUUUACAUUCUCAUAACUAUUAAGAAGUUUAUAGUAAUAUUUAAACAUAAAUAAGUUUAUACACUUUGCAGACAUUUGGUUUAUUGUGCAUUUACCUGCAAGUUCUUAUAAUUUGUAUUUGUUUAUCUUUGUAGAAACCACACAUACACAUACGCACCCAUCCAUAGUCCCAACUGCAUGUGACUAUAUGUAUGGAGAACAGCAAGAAUUCAUUAAAGUCGUUUGAAGAUAAA